AUGGCGUCUGCGGAGGAAUUGACAGCACCCACACGUAUUUCAACAACAUCGUAUGAUACGGCCCUUUGCAUUAUACCGCCCAGGUCGCAAUGCGGCUACGUGGAUCAGUUGCGAGAGCUCUACGACAAGGCUUUUGGAAGAUGGCCAGCACACGUCAAUCUCAUAUACCCAUUCGUAGCACCCGAGCAGCUUCCACAAGCGCAGAAACAAAUCCAAGACUAUCUUGCAACGCGCUUGGAUCAACACAAACCAAUCGAUGUGGAACUAACCCAAGCCGGGUAUUUCACACAAAAGAACAGGUGCACAAUCUUCCUUAGCGAGGACAGAGCCAAGGACGAUAGUGACGACUCAAAUGCGACCCUUGAAUCACUACGGAAAUUGGCGCUGGAAGCUAUAGGACAGCCUCCUCCUCGAUCUACCUUGCAUCUUACUCUUGGCCAAUCUGAGGACAAUACAGUCUUCGCACGGGAAUAUCUCUUGGACAAAGCCAAACUAAUACCACACCUACGAUUUAGCGUUGGAUCGCUUGCUAUCCUAGUACGUGAACGAACGACUGGUUCCGAUUCGACAGAUUGCAUGCGCCUUUUCUCUACCAUUGACAUCUGCUCCUCUGAUGUCGUCCCAAGGCCCGACAGCCCUAAUUACUGGGUGCGGAGCCUUCCUUCGAAAGCUGAGGACACUCAAGAUGAAAUAGUUCAACAGGAGCCCAGUCAAGGAGUGCAGCCAGGAUCGACAUACUACUUUGAUGAAGAUGAAUACAAAUGGUCGAUUUACACUGCUGAGGAGCAUGAAGAAAUCGAGGUGGAGACGCUCACAGUCGCGAGCUACAACGUCCUAAUCGAUAGCGAGUACCCCCCAACACAUGAUCGCGAUUCUUUGCUCGUCGUUAACAUCCUCUCGGAUCCCGCAAUGGCCGAUGUCUUAGUGCUGCAAGAGAUGUCGGAUGACUUCCUAUCCUACAUGCUCGGCGACAGCGAAAUUCAGCGAAGAUAUCCUUUCGUUUCCCACGGACCACCCGAACAACCGGACAUUGGACCGCUACCUAGUUUGCGAAACAUUGUUGUUCUGAGCCGUUAUCCGUUUUCGUGGAAGGCAGUACCAUUUUAUCGAAAGCACAAGGGCGCCAUUGUCGCACAGUUUCGAGGGUUGGCCACAUCUGGUUCGUCGGGCUCGGAAGGUUUGGUAGUCGCCAGUGUCCACUUGACCGCUGGCCUUACUGAUGGCUCGACUGCAACUAAACGAGCUCAGAUGAAAACCCUCAUCAGCCAUUUGGAGCAAAACUAUGCGAAUGAGCCAUGGAUCAUUGCAGGCGACUUCAACAUUGUCACCUCAACUUACACCAUUGAGACCGCUUGUAAGAACAAGUCCAUCACCGAAGAGACCGCGAACACACUCUCUUCUAUAGAGACUUCGAUUAGUGAUGCUGGUUUGUUCGAUGCCUGGGCUGUUGCCAGAAUUGAAGGAACGGACCAGACAAGCACUACUGACCUGGGAGAGCUAUACGAAGGCGAAGAAUCUGCGACGUUUGAUCCACAAAACAACAGGCUUGCUGCCGGAACCACCACCACUUCACACGAUCGCCCACAACGCUACGACCGGAUACUGAUUCGCCCAAACAACACUCUUCAUGUGAUCCGGUUCAAUCAAUUUGGUCGGCCUGAGACUAUUGAUGGUGUGCAAGUAGUCGCUAGUGAUCACUAUGGAGUGAGAGCAAGAUUAAAGAUUGGGCAUGGUGGAACGAUCGACAGUGCAAUGGAUGCCGACUCCAGCAACCAACCCUCGGUCCAACUGAAACGCGCAAUCGCGACCUUGACGGAGUCUUCAGACAUUUCUUCAGCACUUGAGGUCCAUGGUAUGAUUCCCAACGAUGAGCAAACAGCACAGCGACAAGAAGCAUUUGCGCUCCUCCAGCGAAUUGUCUUGGACACUAGUGAAGAUGCAGAGACUGGACAGUCUGGUAUUCCACUAGUCAUAGUACCAGUUGGCUCGUAUGCUCUGGGUGUUUGGACAUCCGGUUCAGACAUUGACUGUCUUUGCAUUGGCUCCAUCAGCUCAAAGACAUUCUUCAAGCUUGCUCGACAACGCCUCGUUAAGGCCGGAAAUCCUCAAGUGCGCAUUCUGAGAAAGGUUGAAGCUGCUACUGGUACUAUGCUCGAACUUUCAGUCAAUGGCAUCCUGAUGGACUUGCAGUAUUGCCCUGCAGCGCAAGUAGUAGAAAGGUGGUCCGAAUUUGCAGAAAUCCCCGCAUCCGACCCCAUCUUCAACCUUUCUAUGCUCUCGCUUCGCAAAUUGAAACCCUACCGCGACCUGCUAUACCUCCAACGUACAAUUCCGUCGCGAUCUAUCUUCCGCCAGGCUUACCGAUUAAUCAAGCUGUGGGCUGUUCAGCGCGGUCUCUACGCUGCAAAAUUUGGUUAUCUGGGCGGGAUGCACAUCACGCUCCUGCUCUCCUGGGUUUGCAAGAGUCUAGCACAUGACGUUGGCUCAGUAAGUGUGGCAGACAUAGUCGUGAGCUUUUUCCAACACUACGCAAACUUUGACUGGUCAAAUGAUAUGGUGUACGAUGCGUUCUUCCACAAGAAGAAGCCGCGAUAUAACCGCAGUGCAAGAGAGCCCAUGGUUGUUCUCAGCUUCCAUGCACCCAACUCUAAUUUCGCAAACAAAUCCACGGUUCCGGGUUUGCAGAUGUUGAUCAAGGAGUUCAAGGCUGCCGAUAUGAAGCUAAGCGAGCCUGGUAUGACCUGGCAAAAGUUCUUCGGCACAUCAUCAGAUCUGGCCUCAGAACCUCAUCUUCCUUUUGGGGCUGUUGAGUUUCUAAACGCUUACAAUGACUUUGUCAAAAUUGAUGUUCAGUUCUGGGGUCGUAUGCUUGCAAAGGGCAAGAGUUUGGUUGGCUGGGUUGAGUCGCGAUGCAUAUCUAUCGUCGUUGACAUCCACAAAGCUCUUCCAGGAUCAGAAGUACGGGUCUGGCCAGCUCUAUUCACAGAUGAUGCUCCCGAUAACUCGACCGACAGCAACGACUUUCAGGGAUGUUACUUGAUUGGCCUGUCGAAAGCCGCAGAGGGUAGCUCGACUGGCGGGCCAGAAGACAAACAAGAGGCCAGAAGAUCAUUAGAAAAAGCGCUUGAUCGCUUCCUGACCCAGCUCCGAACCGAUGAGAAGAACUACGACUCAAACACCUGCUGGAUUGAUGCAUCGCUAGUGAAGAGGCGUGAUGUCAAGGCUCUACAGCUAGAUGAGCGAGAAUGGGGACACUACGUCAUGUGUAUGGACUCCGAUUCAGAAGACGAAGAAGAGCUUGACGAAGAGCUCGAGGACGCCGAUGAGGCCAAGCCGCAGCGUGCAAUCCCGCAACGUCCAAAGCCCACCUCGACACCCUUAUCAAGUUCAAAACUCCGUCCCGCCUCCGAUGUUCUUAACCGAUUACGCUGGGACCCAAGUCUUGAUCCCGGCGACUACAUUAUCGGAUAUGAAGACCGAUUUCUUGGUGCGAAAGAGACGGGCCUUGAGAAGUGGAAGACGGAGCAGACGGAUGAGGAGUUUAUUCCUCAGCAUAGGAUUCUUUAUUUCAAGAAGAAGACCGAAGAUGGUGGAGCAGAGAUUGUGUGGGAGAGAGCGACGAGGAUUGACAAGGUUUUUGGGAGUGGACUUGGGACUGGGAAGUGA